UUUGACCACACAUGUUGACAAACUUUGAAUAAGUUUUUAGUCAAAUGGUCUUGAUCUCUAAUGUCAUCUUUCUUUUGGAACCUUGCUAAAUAAUUCAAUCAUACCUUAAUAGCAAUAAUGAAUGACACAAUUCAUAUGAAUCAAGCUCAAACCCAGGAGAGAUAUGAUAUAUUAUCACUUUGAUUUAGCAUCCCCUUCUUUUGUUCCCCCUUCAUUCUCCUCUUUGUGAUUUCUAGUGACUACUGAGAAAUUCCCUUAAUGGGAAAUCUUGUACUUAACCACAAAAUUAUGCUUCAUCUUUGGUUUGUUGCUUGGAUGUGCUUAGGUGCAUGCUCAGCUCAAUUGUCUUACGACCAAAAUAAUUGUACUUCAAAUGAAAUUGGGCAAGGGACAAGGUACAGUUGCAAGUCAACGAAGGAUUCAUGCAGAACAUUCUUGGUGUAUAGAGCAAAUAAGCAUUUGAACACCAUUUCAGAAGUCUCAAAGCUCUUCAACACGAACUCUGAUGAGGUGCUUCUGAAAAACAACCUCACACCUCUUUCUUUGUUUGAUGAACUCAAACAAGGUAAAGAGGUGCUUAUUCCUGUUAAUUGCACCUGCUCUGGAGGGUAUUUUCAAGCCAGUUUAAGCUAUAAAGUCCUUAACAACACGACAUAUUCCGAGAUUGCUUGUGGUGUUUUUGAAGGGCUGCUGAAACAUCUCACACUGGCUGAGGAAAACAUUUCACAAGGUAAUAAACCAGAAGCUGGUUCUGAGCUUCGUGUGCCUCUCAUGUGUGCUUGUCCUGACAGUUACAAUUUCACAAGGAGCAUGAAGGUGAAGUACCUUGUCACAUACCCCCUAAUACUAGGAGAUGAUCCUGACAAAUUGAGUGAAAAAUUUGGCAUCUCAACUGAAGAAUUCUAUGCAGUUAAUAGCUUGAAUCCCUUUUCAACGGUUUAUCCUGAUACAGUUGUUUUUGUUCCAAUAAAGGAUGGUCCAAUCAGAAUACAUGAUAUUCCUGAUUCUCCUUCUCCACCUCCUGGUUUUCUUUCCACAAAUCCAGUGGUUACGACCGAGGAAUCCACACAAUCAUCGAAUUUGUACAUUGCAGGAUCGGUUAUAGGAUUCUUUUUGUUGAUAACAUUGCUUGCUAGUGGAUUGUACAUGAAGAGAAUCAGGAAAAGUGAUGAUGUCCAUUCCAUUAGUCAAACAAACUCCCUCACUUUGUGGUCACCAACUAGAAGCUCUCAUAUAUCUACCCAAACCGGUAAAAACUCUACUACUUGGUGCCUUUCCCCAGAUCUUCUUGUUGGAAUAAAGUACUACUUACUCAAUUACAGCAUGGAAGAGCUCCAAAAGGCCACCAACAAUUUCAGUGAAGAAAACAAGAUCGGUCACAACCGGGGUCGCGAAGGUGACUUUGUCUACAAGGGCUCAGUCAAUGAUCAUGAGGUGAUGAUAAAGAGGAUGAGGUUGGAAGACACACAACAGGUGAUUGAUUUACAUUCUAAAAUCAACCACAUUAAUAUUGUGAACUUGCUUGGUGUUUGUUAUGUUGGUAAGAGCAAUAAAGAUCCAUGGUCUUAUUUAGUUUUUGAGUUGCCUAAGAAUGGAUGCCUGAGGGACUGCUUAUCUGAUCCAUGCAAUCCAAUAAAUUGGUACAAAAGGACACAAAUAGCCUUUGAUAUUGCAACAUGUCUUUACUAUUUACAUUGCUGUUCUUUUCCUUCCUAUGCUCACAUGAACAUUAGUAGUAGAAAUAUAUUCAUAACAGCAAAUUGGAGGGGAAAACUGGCAGAUGUUGGAAGAGCAUUGGCUGCUAGUGUCACACUCACACCUACCAAAAGAAAUAGUGUGGAAAUUCCCAAAGGAUUGGUGGCACCAGAAUACCUCUUACAUGGCUUGGUUUCUGAAAAAGUGGACAUUUUUGCAUUUGGGGUUGUUUUGCUUGAGUUGAUCUCAGGAAGAGACAACUUUGAUGGAAAACCAAUCAAAGAUUCCCUUGGAUUUUUGUUGGGGGAAGCCAGUGAAGGGGGUUGUUUUGAAGGGUUAAGGAGCUUCAUGGAUCCUAAUUUGAAGGAUUACUCUCUUCCAGAGGCUUUAUGUUUGUCUUUCUUAGCAAAGGAUUGUGUGGCAGAUGAUCCCCUGCAUAGGCCAUCCAUGGAUGAUAUCAUGAAAGUCCUUGCAAAAAUGGUGUAGCCAAGAGCAGUACAAUAAAAUCUGUAAUCAAAUUGGCUAACAUUAAGCUUGUAAGUAUGAAAUGUAAGAAAUAUUAUUAUGUUCCCUCCUCUUUUGUUCCUCGUGAUUAUGAAAAUCUAAGAAAUAUUGAUACAUCUGUUUAUGCUAGGAAUUGUUUGGUU